UCUCCAUCUCCUCUGCGCUCUCCCAUUCAACCUCUGUAGUCAGCAGAACGAGUGGCAGAGCAGAGCUACACAGCAUCCACGGCUACAGCGUCCUGCGGAUGCCUGUCCUCCAUGAGGGGAAAAAAGAACAAGUGUUGGAGAGAAAAGGGUAGAUCCAUGGAAGAAGAGAGACUGAAAAAUGAAGCACAGAAGGAGUAAGAGUGGGAUAUAAAAGGAAUUGAGUAAACACUGCUGCUUGCCUAAGGACCACUGCAGCUGCACUAAAUCUGGGGCUGUCAGGCCAACCCUCAGCAAAGAAGUGAGUGAGAGACGCAAGGGACCAGAGGAGAGAAAGAAGUGAUUUAAAGAGCUGAUCUCAUCACUCUGGACAAGCAGGGAUGGGAACCCCGAGAGCCUCUCCGUCAGCAGAUCAAACUCCACUCAGGAAAAGUGCCUUUGGAUCACCAGUCUGAGUCUUCAGAGGAGUGAAGAAAAGGGGCAAAAAAAGAGAGUUGUCCUGUUAGUUUCCUGAAAGGAGAAGCCUCGUAAAGGAACUCUGAUUACUACACUGCUGAGUACAGCUCAAGUCUCUUCUGUCCCCCUCGGUCUUCCCUUACACCUGCCGGCUCGUGGUGAAUGUCUUCUCUUCGUGCAAUCCCACUGCUCGGCAGUUAAUAACACUCAUGGUCGAUGCCAAGGGAAGGAACAUGAAAUGUCUGACUUUCUUCUUAAUGCUUCCAGAGUCUAUGAAAAGCAAAUCAAGUAAAAGCUCCAAGAAAGCGAAUGCCAGUGGCAGCCCCAAGCUGCCCCCUGUCUGUUAUGAGAUAAUCACUCUGAGGAGCAAGAAGAAGAAGAAGAUGGCAGCGGAUAUUUUUCCCACCAAAAAGCCAGCAUCCACCACCACAGUGCAACAGUACCAGCAGCAGAACCUCAACAACAACAACACCAUUCAGAACUGUAACUGGCAAGGACUCUACUCCACUAUAAGAGAAAGAAAUUCAGUUAUGUUCAACAAUGAGCUGAUGGCAGAUGUUCACUUUGUGGUGGGUCAGCCUGGAAGGACCCAGCGGCUGCCAGGACACAGAUAUGUCUUGGCUGUGGGCAGCUCAGUAUUCCACGCCAUGUUCUAUGGUGAACUGGCUGAGAACACGGAUGAAAUCCAUAUUCCAGAUGUGGAACCAGCAGCAUUUCUGGCAAUGCUGAAGUACAUUUACUGUGAUGAGAUUGACCUGAGUGCUGACACAGUGUUGGCCACUCUUUAUGCUGCCAAGAAAUACAUUGUCCCUCACCUGGCACGCGCCUGCGUCAACUUCCUGGAGACCAGCCUGAGUGCCAAGAAUGCCUGUGUGUUACUCUCCCAGAGCUGCCUGUUUGAGGAGCCGGAGUUGACACAGCGCUGCUGGGAGGUGAUUGAUGCCCAGGCCGAGCUGGCGUUACGCUCAGAGGGCUUCUGCGACAUCGACGCCCAGACCCUGGAGAGUAUCCUACAGCGAGAGACACUAAAUGCUAAAGAGAUAGUGGUGUUUGAGGCGGCGCUCAACUGGGCUGAGGCUGAGUGCCAGAGACAGGACCUUACCUCGUCGACUGACAACAGGCGUAAGGUAUUGGGAAAGGCCAUGUUCCUGAUACGUAUCCCUACAAUGGCUCUGGAUGAUUUUGCCAAUGGAGCAGCCCAGUCGGGCGUGUUGACGCUUAAUGAAACCAAUGACAUCUUCCUGUGGUACACGGCAGCCAAGAAACCUGAGCUACAGUUUGUAAGCAUGCCUAGGAAGGGCCUGACACCCCAGCGCUGCCACAGAUUCCAGUCCUGUGCCUACCGAAGCAAUCAGUGGCGCUACAGGGGCCGGUGUGACAGUAUACAGUUUGCAGUGGAUAAAAGAGUUUUCAUUGCUGGAUUUGGACUGUAUGGAUCCAGCUGUGGCUCAGCAGAAUACAGUGCCAAGAUUGAGUUGAAACGUCAAGGAGUACUGCUGGGACAAAACCUCAGCAAAUACUUCUCUGAUGGUUCCAGCAACACCUUCCCAGCGUGGUUUGAGUAUCCAGUUCAGAUCGAGCCUGAUACUUUCUACACUGCCAGUGUGGUCCUGGAUGGGAAUGAGCUCAGCUACUUUGGACAGGAAGGGAUGACAGAGGUGCAGUGUGGGAAAGUGACAUUUCAGUUUCAGUGCUCCUCGGACAGCACUAACGGCACGGGGGUGCAGGGGGGACAGAUUCCUGAGCUCAUCUUCUACGCUUGACAAACCAUGUGCACACAUUGACUGAAUUUCAAUGCACUUAUGGACUAUAGAAAAUGAUCACUUUGUGCAUAGUGUCACUUUCUGGUAUUUAUUUUUGUCACUAAUGUGCAAAAGAAAUCUUAUUUCAGACGUGCGAUAGGGUCUAGUGUGGUUUUGAUUUCAGUAAUUGGUCCACUUGAGUAGGACCAGGUAGAUGUCUUAAGAUGUUGGAUUGUUCUGAUACAUAGAUGAACAAAGGUCCGGAAAAAUUAAAAAUAUCUUGCACUAGAUGUGCAUGUAUAUAUGCAUAUAUGUAAAUUCUGAUAUGUAUAUGAUGACAGAAUUGUGGCCAAUGCGGGCCACUAAGAUAUCUUAUAUACUUAUUAUGCUAUAGUAUGUUUAUUAUUUCUAUGCUUGCAUAGAAUGCACAUAUAUAGCAAUACUUGUGAGAAAAAAGGCUGUAUGACACUCAAUACCAACAUAAACGUUCAUUAGGUAUUUGUAUUUGAGUGAUUUCAAUUGAAUCUGCAGCUUUUUGAUACUUUGAAACUAGUACGGGGCACUUAGAGCAGGCUUGAGGGGUCUUAGAUUAGGGGGCACUAGAUAUAAUGAGACACAGAGCCCAUACAGCAUCUCUCUCUCUGUAGCAUGUGGCUCUGCACCUGCACUCAUCUCAGUCACUCCAGUGAAGUUUCAUUUAGAUAUGUGUCAUCAGAUUUACAGUGAAAUGUGAUCAACGUUCACCACUACACAGUAGAGUGGAAGAUUUGUUUGGUUUAAUCUGUCUGCAUUGCAGUACUGCUCCAUUUUCAGCUAACGUGUACUACUAAUUGUUCUGGCGCCUUGGUUUUGUUUACAGCAAAAAGCUCAAUGAUUGAUUCAGUGUUAGCAACUGUUUAUCUUAUGGACUUUUACUUCUUCUUUGUUAAAAACUGUUAACUGCUGAGCACUCCCAAUGUGAUAUAUGAUUAUACAGUAUCAGUAUUUGCAUACUGUAUAUGCUAGAGAAUUGCACUGAUGUUGGUUUGUAAUCAAAUUGGUUAUUUUGUUUUACUUGUGUUUUUUUAUUGAGGCAGAUUAUUUUUGAUUUACUGUGCUACUGGAUAUUUUUUUCUGGUGUAAGAUGAACAUCCAAAGGCAUCUGCUGAUGACAGUGGAUGGCCAAACCGGUGUUCAUGCCCUGUGUUUACGUGCUACAGUGCUGGGAGACCAACGAAUGUGUAUGAUUGUUGAUGAUGCAAAUAAACAAAACAAAUGGUA